AAACAAGCCAGUUAUCUCUCACCCAUUCCUUGACGAUGGCAAGCUCAUCAGCUUCUGCUAGACAUCUGAGAAUGGCGUUCUCGAGGAAGGCCGUAAUCAUGUUGCUCCUCACGACCUUGGCAUUCCGCCAUUCUCAGGCUUCAUCCAAGGGAGCCACCAUCACGGAGAGGAUACAGCAUGGCUUUACGGAAGUCACAACUACUGCUGAGAAGCUCAAGAUUUCAGCCGAGAAGAUCGACAUAUUCAGCGCCCCCCAACAGGGAAUCAUUAUCGCUCAGGGUCUAGCAGCCAUCACAGAAAAGGUUGGUCAUGGUAUCGAAAAGAUGACCCAUGAGACAUUACCUGCACUUCCAAACGCUGAUGCAGAGGACGUUGUUGACUCUCUCAAGGAGUUUGUGAAAGCUCACCAGGCAAUGCUAAGAGUUCUCAUGGAGAAGAAUGAGCUCCCGUCUAUAAUUGCCUCCUUCGAUCAUAUCAAGAUGACGCUUGUAAACAUGGAGGUCGCGUUCGAACUCUUUGCCUUCGAUCUGAUUGCGCUCAUUCCAACCCAGAGGCGAGAAGCAGAGAAGCAAUUCGCUGACCUCCAUGACAUUCUGAAAGACACCUUGACCAAGUACAGCGUCCCCUUCAGGUCAGCUGAGUCAGAUGCUGCGCUCACCGCCACCACAGAGAAAAUCAUCGAAGGGCUCAAGACCGUCACGGAAAUGUCAGACCAACUCCGUGUAGCAACCAACAAAAUCAACAUCUUCAACGCUCCUCAGCAGGGCGCGGUAAUCGCCAGUGGAUUUGCAACCAUCAUUCAGAAGGUGUCUGAGGGCAUCGUCAGGGUGGACCGAGUCACUUCAGGUCCGCUUCCUGAUGCUGAUGCACAACUCGUCGUCGACGCCCUGACGACAUUCGUGCAGGUCCACCAGGCCUUGCUGAAUGUGGUGAUCGGCAAGCACGGCAUCCUCACGAUGAUUCCGUUCUUCGAGCCCAUCAGAAUGGCACUUGUGAGUCUGGAAGCUGUCAUCGACAGGUUGGCGUUCGACCUGAUUGCUCUAAUUCCUACUCAGAAAUCCUCCGCAACAAUUCAGUUCCAGAAGCUGGAUGUCACGUUGAAAGACGCCGAGGACACCUACAGCUUCCCGCUGACAUCCGCUGAAUCUGAUGCUGCUCUCACUGCCACCACAGAGAAGAUCGUCGAGGGACUGAAGACUGUCACAGAUAUGUCGGAUCAGCUCAGAGUUGCAACCCAGAAGAUCAACAUCUUCAACGCUCCUCAGCAGGGAGCGGUCAUCGCCAGUGGAUUUGCAACUAUCAUUCAGAAGGUUUCUGAGGGAAUCGUCAGGGUGGACCGAGUCACUUCAGGUCCCCUUCCGGACGCUGAUGCCCAGCUCGUAGUUGACGCCCUCACCACAUUCGUACAAGUCCACCAGGCCCUGCUCAAUGUCGUCAUCGGCAAGCACGGCAUCCUUACGAUGAUUCCGUUCUUCGAGCCCAUCAGAAUGGCACUUGUGAGUCUGGAGGCUGUCAUCGAUAGGUUGGCGUUCGACCUGAUCGCUCUAAUUCCUACUCAGAAAUCCUCCGCAACAAUUCAGUUCCAGAAGCUUGACGUCACGUUGAAAGACGCCGAGGACACCUACAGCUUCCCGCUGGCAUCCGCUGAAUCUGAUGCUGCUCUCACCGCCACCACAGAGAAGAUCGUCGAGGGAUUGAAGACUGUCACAGAUAUGUCGGAUCAACUCAGAGUUGCAACCCAGAAGAUCAACAUCUUCAACGCUCCUCAGCAGGGAGCGGUCAUCGCCAGUGGAUUUGCAACUAUCAUUCAGAAGGUUUCUGAGGGAAUCAUCAGGGUGGACCGCGUCACAUCAGGUCCGCUUCCGGAUGCUGAUGCCCAGCUCGUAGUCGACGCCCUGACGACAUUCGUGCAGGUCCACCAGGCCUUGCUGAAUGUGGUGAUCGGCAAGCACGGCAUUAUCACGAUGAUUCCGUUUUUCGAGCCCAUCAGAUAUGCUCUUGUGAGUCUGGAAGCUGUCAUCGAUAGGUUGGCGUUCGACCUGAUUGCUCUAAUUCCUACUCAGAAAUCCUCCGCAACAAUUCAGUUCCAGAAGCUUGACGUCACGUUGAAAGACGCCGAGGACACCUACAGCUUCCCGCUGGCAUCCGCUGAAUCUGAUGCUGCUCUCACCGCCACCACAGAGAAGAUCGUCGAGGGACUGAAGACUGUCACGGAUAUGUCGGAUCAGCUCAGAGUUGCAACCCAGAAGAUCAACAUCUUCAACGCUCCUCAGCAGGGAGCGGUCAUCGCCAGUGGAUUUGCAACUAUCAUUCAGAAGGUUUCUGAAGGAAUCGUCAGGGUGGACCGAGUUACUUCAGGUCCCCUUCCGGACGCUGAUGCCCAGGUCGUCGUCGACGCUCUCACGACAUUCGUGCAGGUCCACCAGGCCUUGCUGAAUGUGGUGAUUGGCAAGCACGGCAUCCUCACGAUGAUUCCGUUCUUCGAGCCUAUCAGAGUGGCACUUGUGAGUCUGGAAGGAGUCAUCGAUAGGUUGGCGUUCGACCUGAUUGCGCUUAUUCCUACUCAGAAAUCGUCGGCAACAAUCCAGUUCCAGAAGCUGGACGUCACGUUGAAAGACGCCGAGGACACCUACAGCUUCCCUCUUGCAUCAAAAACUGAUGCUCAGUCAGAGAGUCUGAGAAAGGAAGUGAUUCAGGACACGAAGAAAUCGUCCAAAUCAUACUUGGAAAUAUGAUUCAAAGAGUUUUAACCAAGUAGUAGCUGAGGAUCUGAAUUCCGGAUAUAGGAAGGGACAUUUUGUGGGCCGGUUUUCUAACUUCUUUGAGGAUGGUUGUGCAGUAUAGAGUGAUAAUCUAUGAGUUAGUGCCUAGAGUGGGAUAUUGUUAUCCAUACAGCUCAUGUUAGUUUCUGCAAGGGAAUACAGAAAUUGGAAUGAACCGCAGAUCAGUCUGAGGAUUAUACUUAUCUUAUAGAAGGUUUCAACUUCACAGCGAUGGUAUGGUUCUCCAUGGAUGCUUUUAUGAAUCAAGACUCUUUGAAGGGUCCAUACCCUUGAGGUAACCAUGUUCAUGGAGGAUACACCAUUCAGUAAAAUCUUCAAGCCUGACUGAAAGAGAAGGCCCCCUUUGAGG